AUGCGUCAAAGUCUGUAUCUUCUAUCUAGGUCGGUUUGGAAAGGUCCAAAUAUUGUACCACUGCCUGUAAAGGAGGCAUUGUCUAAAGGUGCUCCGAUUAGAACUAAUGCUCGGUCUGCAACGAUACUGCCGCAGUUUGUUGGACUAAAGUUCCAGGUCCAUAACGGAAAGGAGUACGUGGCAUUCGAGGUGUCUGAGGAUAUGGUUGGAAGCAAAUUGGGAGAAUUUGUGCCCACGCGGAAGAGAUUCAGCUACACUCAAACCAAGAAUAAAUAG